AUGGCGUUGGGCAUCCUCGAAGACACCAAGCUCGACCAUGUUCCUGGGACCACCUAUGUGCUCGAUGAUGAUGGCAGCUCCGUAGAGACGCCAGUUCCCGAAGAAUCGCACCUCAAAUACGACAAGUCGGGUCCAGUUCCUAUCAUUCUCGUUCCGCAACCCAGUGACGACCCGAACGAUCCAUUGAACUGGCCGCUAUGGAAACGCGACCUGAUCCUAUUCAUCCUCUCACUUACUUCUGUGAUAUGCGCCACGACGUCUCCCAUCAUGGCCGCAAACACGGUCACAAUCGCACUCAACUAUACCAUCAAUUUCACCCAGGCCGCUCUCCUGACGGGAUACCACCUAUGCGGAGUCGGAGUCGCGGGCAUCAUAAUAGUGCCUACCGCUAGAGUAUGGGGGAAAAGACAUCUGUUCCUGCUCGGUAAUUUGAUAGUUGUCGUCACUUGCGCCUGGGCCGGCGCAAGCAAGUCAAACCAUACCAGCUUGAUUUGGGCCAGAGUGUGGCAGGGUGUUGGUCUCGCCCCGUUCGAGGCUCUUGUAAAUGCCGUCGUUGGCGACCUCUUCUUCGUUCACGAGCGCGGAAAACGCAUGGCCCUAUCUAACGUUGCACUUUUCGGAGGCGCAUUCCUCACCCCAGUAAUUGCAGGGAAGAUGACCCAUACCUUGGGCUGGGAGUGGACGUUCUACUUCAUCGCCAUCUUCGCCGGUGCCUGCUUACCUCUAGUCUUCUUCUUCGUUCCCGAGACCGCGUACAAGCGUGCCAAACAUCUCAACACUGACUUUUCGGGAGACGCUGAUCGACGAACAGCCAGAGUAAAUGCCUCGGAGAAUAUUGAGAAGGACGCAGAGGUCGACUCCGCCGAUGGACCAACAAGCUCUGGCGCCGUAGCUGCCAACGGCGAUGCGACGUCCUCCCAGAUACCGAAGAAGGCUACAUUCGUCGAAUCCCUGGCUCUCUUCAACGGCCGCAAGACAGACGAAAGUUUUUGGAAGCUCCUACUCAGGCCGUUCCCGCUAUUCUUUCACCCCAGUAUCGCAUGGGCCUGUCUGAUCCAAGGUGUCAUCAUUGGCUGGACAGUCUUUAUCGGCGUAGUCCUAGCUGCCCUCUUCCUAGGCCCGCCGCUGUGGUUCUCAGAGGUAGAGACGGGAUACCUCUACACGGGCGCCUUCAUCGGGGCCGUCGUUGGGCUGUUCCUAUCAGGUUUAUUCUCAGACUGGUCCGCUAAUAUGCUGAUUCGUGCCAACAAAGGCAAAUAUGAGCCUGAGUUCCGUAUCUGGCUCGUCCUACCACAGCUGAUAUUUAGCGGUAUUGGCUUAUUUGGGUUUGGGUUUGCAGCUGGAAACGUGCCGAAGUACGGAUGGGUCAUCCCAGAUGUCUUCUUCAUGUUUGUCCUUAUCGGCAUGGUUAUGGGUGCUGUCGCUAGUGCCCUGUAUAUUGUCGAUGCCCAUCGUGAAAUCGCCAUUGAGGCGUUCACAUGUCUGCUCGUUUUCAAGAACAUGUUCAGUUUCCUGCUUACCUACUUCGCGUACAACUGGGUGGUGUUGGGAGGACCUAAAAAGGUCUUCCUCAUCAUUGGUGGUGUCGAAGUAGCUGUCUGUCUGCUCAGUAUACCAAUGUAUAUCUUCGGCAAACGCAACCGUUCCUUCUUCCAUCGCUACGACAUUCUCAAAAUCCUGCAUUUGUGGUAG